AUGUCGACUACUAUUGAAGAGGAAAACAACAAUGUUGUGUUACCAUCUUAUGUAACAAUCAUAGAGAAACUCAAUACUGCCAUCGAUACAUUGGAUGUCAAGGUCACCGAUCCUGACACCUUCAAAAUGCCAACACGUCCUCAAGUUGUAAAGGCUGCAAAGACACUAUCACAUGAGAUUACAAAGAUCACUCUAUUACUUCAAGACUCAAGAGCAAAGCCACAGUUCUUCUCAAACAUUGAGGAAUGCUUGGAUAAUAUGUUCUCAAUCUAUCAGGGAUUAUCAUCUCAUUCGGGUGGCUCAUUGUUUAGAUCAAGCCAAAUAUACUUUAGACGCGUGUACAAGUCAUUGUUGUCAAUCCUGACGGACUUUAUGGAGAAUGAGAAGAGACUAGGCGACGACGAGGAGAAUAUACUGCCAAAGGAGAGAGUCGGCACUGCUUGGAAGUCAUGCGAGACCUUUGAGAGCAUACCAUUGAGGAAUGCCACAGCCAUCGCUGAGAGAAUGCGCGAGCUCACCGACUUGAUGUACGACGCCUUUGACGAGGUCGACGAGAUCAAGGACGCCAUCGACAACUACAAGAACAGAGCAGCGGCAGCAGAACAGCAGGGCACUCAGACACAGACAUCAAAUGGCAAGCCAAGUGCGCAGGCCGAACAGGAUGACGACGACGAGGAGGACGAGGAAUUGAAUGGCGAGGUUGAUGAUGACGACGCAAUAGAUGACGAGGAGGAUGUGUUCAUUGAGGACAACGUCGACAACAACUCAUUCAGAAUGCUCACCGACGAAGAGAUGAGCGCCAUCGAGUCCAUCCAAGAGCUGUCACACGACAGCUACGACCUGGCAGACAGCUUCGCAACGUAUAUCACCGACAGAGAGCCAACAGACCCAGCCAAGCUGGAGGACCCAGCCACUGAUCUGGACCAAAAGACACUGGCGCUCUACGAGGACUUUGUCAAUCAGUUCAACGAACUGUCCAAGAUCGUGGACGACGUCGCCAGCGGCAUCUAUCCACCACAGAACACUCACUUUAUCUCUGGAAACAUUACCUAUCUGCGCGCCAAGCUCAACGAGCUGACAAAGAGGUUCGAGACCGAGUCCAUCACCUUCAAGGACUACACACAUCAUGAUCUCAUUGCAAAGAUGUUGCCAUCCAUGAAGAUCACUGACAACUAA